CACUCUCUCCAAUAUUUCUCUUUGCUUUGUCAAGAAAGCCAAUCUCUCUUUCUCCUUAUAUCCAUCAAAUCUUAAAAGGGUUUGUUUCUCUUAGUUUGAAUUUUGUGGCCAUGGAUGAAAACUACGAUGUAAUUGUUCUAGGAACCGGUCUCAAGGAAUGCAUUCUCAGUGGUCUUCUUUCUGUUGAUGGACUCAAAGUAUUGCAUAUGGAUCGCAAUGACUAUUAUGGAGGAGAAUCUACAUCUCUUAAUCUUAAUCAGCUAUGGAAGCGUUUCAGGGGAAGUGAUACACCUCCGGAGAGCUUGGGUGCAAGCAAGGAGUACAAUGUUGAUAUGAUACCUAAGUUUAUCAUCGCCAAUGGUGGUUUGGUCCGUGUUUUGAUACACACAGAUGUUACUAAGUAUCUUCAUUUUAAGGCUGUUGAUGGUAGUUUUGUGUACAACAAAGGAAAGAUCUACAAAGUCCCAGCAACUGAUGUGGAAGCACUAAAAUCACCAUUGAUGGGAUUGUUUGAGAAACGUCGUGCUCGAAAGUUCUUCAUUUAUGUCCAAGACUAUGAGGAAAAUGAUCCCAAAUCUCAUGAGGGUCUGGACUUGACCAAAGUUACAGCAAGAGAGGUUAUCUCAAAAUACGGGCUUGAAGAUGAUACAAUUGACUUUAUUGGUCAUGCCUUGGCUCUUCAUCUUGAUGAUAGUUAUUUAGAUCAACCAGCUUCGGAUUUUGUGAAGAGAAUGAAGCUUUAUGCAGAUUCUUUGGCACGUUUCCAAGGAGGAUCACCCUAUAUCUAUCCACUUUAUGGACUAGCAGAAUUGCCUCAGUCAUUUGCACGCUUAAGUGCAGUAUAUGGUGGAACUUACAUGCUCAACAAGCCAGAAUGUAAGGUAGAGUUUGACGAGAGUGGUAAAGCCAUUGGUGUCACCUCAGAAGGAGAAACUGCUAAAUGCAAGAAAGUUGUUUGUGACCCAUCAUAUUUGCCAAAUAAGGUUAAGAAUGUUGGGAAAGUUGCUCGUGCUAUUUGUAUAAUGAGCCAUCCUAUUCCUGCCACUAGUGAUUCUCACUCUGCGCAAGUUAUUCUGCCACAGAAGCAACUUGGACGCAAAUCAGACAUGUACCUCUUCUGCUGUUCUUAUGCUCACAAUGUUGCUCCACAAGGAAAAUUCAUUGCUUUUGUUUCAGCUGAAGCUGAGACAGACAACCCUGAGAUAGAACUGAAGCCAGGAAUUGACUUGUUGGGUCCAGUAGAUGAGAUUUUCUAUGAAACUUAUGACAGAUAUGUGCCCAUAAAUACUAUGAAAGAUGACAAUUGCUUCAUUUCUACUAGCUACGACGCAACAACACAUUUUGAGACCACAGUACAAGAUGUUAUUGCAAUGUACAGUGAGAUAACUGGAAAGACUCUUGAUCUUUCUGUGGAUUUGAGUGCUGCAAGCGCUGCUGCUGAAUAAAGUUCUACAUUGCUCAAAGAAUUUAGUGGAACAACAUUUAUUAGAUUUUAAAUCAUUCAAUGUCUCUUCCUGUUGAAGACAAAAUUAAAUAAUGUUCUGUAUUUUGUUCUAAUUUUAUUAAUCUGUUGUUUUGCAAAACUAUGCUAAUGUACUUUUAAUUGGACAAACAAUCUUAUUUCACUCUUUA